GGCUCUACCCCAGCGACGACCUGGCCGCAGCAAAGUGCGACGCGACCAUGGACUGCGCCACCGACUACUACAUCAACAUCCGGCCCUCCUUCAUGGAGAAGGACGAGGCCAAGAAGAUGGAGAUGCGUGCGGAUCUGGCGGCCAACUACAUCCCCAAGUGGCUCUCAAACAUGGAGAAGCAGCUCUCCUCGACCGACGGCACCUUCUUCGACGGCCAGAUGACUGUGGCGGACAUGAUGAUUGCCUACCGCCUGCACCACAUGAAGAACGGUGUCCUCGACGGCAUCCCGACCACCAUCGCCGACUCCUGCCCUUCCCUCUGCGCUUUGUACGACGCCGUCGUCUCGGAGCCCAAGGUCGCGGCAUUCCUCGCCAAGCACGCCAAGUAGGACGUUCAACAUAGAGCAACGCAAAUCGGAAGCGUCUCACUGAUGGCGCCGUCAUAUCGCCGGGAUAUACCGCCCAUACAGCAGCAGUAGUGUUGGGAACUUCCGACCGGGGUACCACCGGGACAUGGUGGUUCCUUGUCUGGGGCGAAUCGAUCGCCAGACUGUCGGUCUGUGCAACGCGUGGAAGCGGCGGGUUGGUUUGCCGUGCUUCCCGCGAGAUACACAAUAGAGUCAAGGAGUAGUAGUGCACCACACUCUUACCAUCAUAUUUUUUUUUGUUUUCUGUGUCUUUCCUGUCGCGCGUUUGCUGUGCGCACGUAACGUGGAAUUGGUGUGUUUGUGCUUUGCGGUAUCACGUUUUUUUUGUACGCUGUUGGCGUGGUAUGGUGGUUUGGUUUCGUGCGAUGUUAUUGGUGGUUUGGCUACUUGCGGUGGUACGGUACUGUGUGGGCAAGCUCGAGUUAAGCAUCACGCUGAACCUAUGUAGUUGCCCACAAGUCUGUGGCUUGUAUCUGCCUCGUUUGGAACGCAUUUUGCAACGGUCCAAAUGAUAUCUCGCGCUGUGUCAGCGGAUGAGGUGAAUGAAUGCUUAUCCAGACAACCUUCGGGCUAAGUGUGUGUGUCGAGGUGACCUUUUACUCAAGAGGAACCACAUGCCCAAGGUUCUUAAGACCACCAUUUCCCUCUUUUCACGAGGGUACAACAGGCAUGGUUUCGCGCCCCAGUCCAGCAACGUAUAAAUGGGUUUUGCGGACGGAAGUCAUUUUCAACU